AUGCGCGCCGUCACUUCCGCCACGCAACGACGCCUCCUCUCCGUCUGCUCGCGCUGCCGCCCCGACGCCCGCACAACACCUUCUUCUCCCUUGCCCUCCCGAGCCGCGCUGCAACAUCCCGCGCCCACGAGGCCGCCGCACAGCCCAGCACGCCAGACCCGGCGAUUCGCCCCGCGCCCGCGCCCGCGCCCGUCCCCCCAACCCGACGGCGACUCCAGCACCACGACGACGACGACGACGCCGCCGCGCCCCCACGAAACCGUCUACUCGCUCUUCCCGCAAACCCUGCCCGACGGGCCCCCGCCAGCCGGCCACUUCCCCGUCGACCUGCGCUCCCUGCGCGCCGAGUUCCUGCGCCUCCAGGCCCGGCACCACCCGGACCUGCACCCGGCGUCCUCCAAGGCGCAGGCCGAGGCGGCGAGCGCCGCCGUCAACGAGGCCUACAGGACGCUGUCGAACCCGCUCCUCCGCGCGCAGUACCUCCUCGCCCUGCAGGGCGUCGACGUCGCCAACGACGAGACCCUCAAGGUCGCCGAGCCGGACCUGCUGGCCGUGGUGCUCGACGCCCACGAGACCAUCGAGCGGGCCCGCCGGCCCGCCGACCUCGACGCCCUGGCGGCCGAGAACGAGGAGCGCAUACGCACCUGCGAAACCGUGCUCGAGCGGGCCUUUCGCGAGCACGACCUCGACGCCGCCAAGCGCGAGGCCGUCCGCCUGCGGUACUGGGUCAACGUCAGGGGCGCCGUGGCCGACUGGGCCGACGGCAAGCCCACCGUCCUGCAGCACUAG